AUGUUCUUGAUUCGAGAAUUAACAUCUAUCUAUCUAUCUAUCUAUCUAUCUAUCUAUCUAUCUAUCUAUCUAUCUAUCUAUCUCAGUCCACUCAUAUCUUUCUUCCUUUCUUUGUCUCUUUCUUUCUUUCUUUCUUUCUUUCUUUCUUUCUUUCUUUCUUACAUUAAGGAGACUGCAUUAAUAAUGUUUAUAAACGAGAUUUUUUGCGGAUUGGGGGGGAAGCGAAGGUUUUUUUUUUUCUUUCUUUCUUUCUUUCUUUCUUUUCUUUCUUUCUUCAUUCUUUCUUUCUAUCUCAGUCUGUUCUAUCUAUCUCAGUAUCUUCAUAUCUAUCUAUCUAUCUAUCUAUCUAUCUAUCUAUCUAUCUAUCUAUCUCAGUCUGUUCAUAUUCAUCUAUCUAUCUAUCUAUCUAUCUAUCUAUCUAUCUAUCUAUCUAUUUAUCUAUCUAUCUAUCUAUCUAUCUAUCUCAAUGUGUCCCCUCCCCUCUCCCCCUACUCUCAUUCCAUUUAUAUCUAUCAACAGAGUACCAAAUUGAAUAUUCAUCUCAAAUAUUUACACAUGUCGGAUGAAACCAUCUCGGCAGCCAUUUCAAUAAACAUUCCUUUUCUUGUCCACCCAAACAUCCUCGGAUCAGUCAACACACGUCAAAAAAACACGUUUAUCUACUUUUAUAAUCAACUACUUUCUUUAACCUCUUGCGUGCUAGUGGUUUUCAUUGCUUUGCUUCGGGUGAGAAGAUCUAAAAUUCUAAUCAAUUUUUUCCUUGUUUUCUUUUUUUUCUUUCUUUGUCUUAUUAUUGAUUCUUUCUUUCUUUCUUUCUUUCUUUCUUUUUUUCUUUCUUUCUUUCUUUCUUUACGUGAUCAAUUUUUGUUUCGUUCCUCUUUUAUAAUUAGGGAUUCUUCCGCCCCCCACUGA